AUGUCAACGAGCGACUGUGCAGGGACUUUGAGGCCCGAGCGAGUGAAAGGUCGCGUGGGACGCGGCGACCGCGUGGGACGCGGUGCGGGGGCUACCAUUAUUGGUAGCGGAGCCAGGUACUUUAGUGGAGAAGACUGCGACCAUCGUGAGUACAAGAGGUGGCAGCAAUGGGCGCUCAAUAAAAUGCGCACCGUGGACAAGCUGGCUGAAGAGGCACGAGGAUCGUUCAUUUGGACGCUCCUGUGUGGCCGUGCUCUUGAGGGAGUCGAGCACCUCAAAGAGGAAGACUACUACCAGGUGAAGGGUGGAGAAAAGAAGCUUUUUGAGUUGUUGGAUCGCCGGCGGCCUGAGUUGGACAGGACUGACGAGAUCGGCGAGAACAUCGCCGAUGUGUUUGGACUGCGGGCCAAGGAAGGCGAGACCGUUCGCCAAUGGUGUGCAAGAGCCCGUGAGUGCUUCGACAAGUGUGCCCGUAAAACUGGCGUCAAGUGCCCAGAAGAAGCAAGAGGGUGGACCUUGCUGAAUCAGAGUGGCAUGGCCGAGGAACAACGUGCUGUAUGCCUAGCUCGAGCUCAAGGAGAUCUCAAGUUUGACCAGUUGGCUCAAUCCAUGCGGUCAUGUUUCCCCGACUAUGCGGCGCCGAAGCGGAGGAGGGCUCAACUAUGCCUGCCCGAAGACUACAUCCAGGAUGGCUUUGAAGAAGAAGAAGCAGCAGAAAUUCUAGCUGCCACCUGGCGGGAGAAGCGUGCCGAACUGAACAUGGUUCAGAAGGGGCGUAAGUUCGCCCCGCCCGACAGUCGACGAGGAGCCCCAGCUGGCAAAGACUUCAAAAGAUCUUUCCGGGCGCAGGUCUUUCUGGUGAGCAGUCCCAGAUAUGCAAUUCUGGACAGCGGCUGUGGCAAGACGAUCGUUGGCCGAUCGACUCUCGAGUCCUUUCAGGCCAUUUGGAAGAAACACGGCGCGCCUUGUCCACAAGAGAAGGCUGAGCAGAACAGCUUUCGUUUUGGCAAUGGUGAACAGGAGGUGAGCACCUCUGUGGUUGACAUGCCGGUCUAUCUGGCCGGUCGACCUGGAUACAUCAAAGCUGCCAUCGUCAAGGGCUCGGCCCCAUUGUUGUUGUCUCGGCCUGCUUUGCAGAAGUUGCAGGCUCAGAUUGACUUCGCAAAUGACAGCCUCACCCUGUUCGCUGGAAAGGUAAACAUUCCCAUGGAGGUCAAUGCUGCCGGCCAGUAUGCCAUCUAUGUGACGGCAUUUCCUGAACAGGAAGAACGACUCCGACUGAUGCAAUGGACUGCCAAGCAACAUCGGCAGUUGAUCGCUCAAGUCAAGGUUCGAGUAGAAGACAAGGCCACAACCUUCCGCGAGGAGCUGCCUGACACUAGGCCAUCCAAGACAAUCCCACAGCCACCACCUGAUGCUGACGCGGUGGAUCCAACCACAGGCUAUGGGCCUGUCCGGCCAGUUCGACGGCGCAUUUUGCACAAGGACGGAGCGUCCGCUCUGUACCGGCCGGGUCGUAUGACGCAAGAUGACUUCCAAGAUAUGAUGCAAGAGAUCGUUCCUCAGCUCAUUCAACAAGCCAUGGAAACCACACCACCUGUGUCAUCCGCCUCGGAACCGGUUGAGCCGAGUUGCAGAGUCGAAUCACAGAGGGGCCAAAAGCGCAGGGUCGAAGACACCAGUGGUGCCGAGCAACCAGCAGGCAAACGUUCAGCCGCACAUGACCACGCACAUGACAUGGAUGAUAGCCUUCUCGUAGAACCAGUUGGCAGUACGUUCGCUAAGGAUGAAGUAGCCAUCUGUUCGGUCGAGGUCUUGCAACAACAGCAAUAUGACCCCUAA